AUGUCGUACCAUCCCUCGCACGCUGGUGCGCAUCACACCAACUUGUUCGGCGCUGGCUUGCCCAUCAACUACACGCACAAUCACAAUGCCAUUGCUUCACCCAGCACCAACGCGUCACUCUUGGCAACCAAUCUCUCGUCCCACUCAUUUCCCAUGGCUCCCUCGCCAAACAAUGGUACGCCACAGCCGCAACAGCAUCAGCAGCAGCAACAGCAACAGCAACAGCAACAGCAGCAACAAGCGGCUGUGGUCGCCGCGCAACAACAACAACAACAGCAGCAGCAGCAGCAGCAGCAGCAACCUUCGAGUUCCUCAGCGCCACCAGGCGUGCCUGAUCACGAGGGCCUCAUCGCUCCGCCCUCCAUGCCCCUCGAGCUCGACUUUGACAACCUCGAAAAGGCUUCCAAUUACAUCCAUACCUAUGCUCUCUCCCAAGGCUUUGACAUUCGCAUCCAGUGGUCAGCCAACAAUCAGACUCGAAUUUGCUGGUCGUGCUAUCGCGGUGGCUUCCCUGAGACUCUCAAUGCGGAUGGGACCCCUAACACCAAAAAGCGACAGAUACCCAAGGAGAAGGAGAGACGCAAACGUGGCUCGCUCAAGAUCGGAUGCCCCUUCCGCGUCCAAUGCACAAAGAACUGGAAGACGGGCAAGAUGGAGCUGCGUAUCCUCGAGGGGCGACACAAGCACCAGAUGGAGACGGAUCGCGGCAACUUGCCAAGUCAAGUACGAAGAAUCAAGAGCGAACGCAAGGCUCACGACUCGCCGGGUACCCCGCAGACGGGCAACGCAGCUGCGAACGCUGUAGCUCAGGCAGCCAACUUGACGUCCACACCCACACCCGUGCCCUCCGGAAGUGGUAGCAGCUUGCAGACGGGAGCCAAAGGUAGAGCAAGCGCGGCGUCCAAGAAUGGGACCGCGAAUCGCAACGGGACCGCCAACGCCCAGCAGCGGAACCAAUCACAGCAGCAACAGCAAGCGCAACAGCAACAGCCAACAGACCAAACCUCUUCCGCAAAUGCGAACCUUCUUGUCAACGCUGCAGCACCCUCAGCGCAUCAGCAGCUCAGUCUGCUCGGAACACCAACCCCGUCCAACGGAGCCGGACCCUCCUUUGAUUUGGACCUGGACGACGUCUUGACCGCCUCGGCCUCUCCUGCGCCUCAGAUCGACUUCCAGCGCCAGAUGCUCCAGCUGCUCGGCCUCUACGACCGCUCCGACGCCGCCUCUCGGGCCAUCAUGGACCGAGAGCUCGUGGCCAUGUUUGAAGGUGCUCAGGCGCGUUUGGGUGACAAGACGGGACGCAAGAAGCGCAAAAUGGGUCCCAACGGCACUGUGCUUGAUCCUGCGUCCUCCGGAAUGGCCGCCUUUGGUACAGGAACCCCGGCGAUUCCGAGCCAGAGCAAUGGCUCGAUAGCAGCAUUAGCGAGGUCAGCGUGGAACGGCAGUGUCGCUUCGAGUGCAGCAGUCACGACCAACCCAGCUAUGACGCAGGUGAACGGUAGUGGUUCGCCGUUGAGAGCAGCAGCCGGUAGCAUCGGCACAAAUGUCCCACAGACGCCACUGGGCCAGCUGGCAAGUCAGCAGCAGCAGCCAAUCCCGCCAAGCUCAGGUAAAGGGUCGGCGAGGUGCAGCAACUGCAAGGAGUACGGGCACAAUCGGCGACGAUGUCCGCUGGGUUGA